CAAACACAUUAAGUUGGCACUUUUUGUCUACAUAUUCUCUUUGUAAAAGUCAGUUCCAAACUUAGGAUAACAAUGCCGAAUGAGAAUGACAUGGGAGUUUACCAGUCUACUAAUUAAACCCAGCCUCAAAGUCUACGUCUUAUUCGCCGCUUAGGACAAAUACGACUGGUUCAGUCCACGUCACGUCAUCCACUUGAGCUUUCAGAACUUGAGAUCCAUGUCACUUACAUGAUGGCACUUACACAGUGGCCAAGGUAUAUACCACUUAGAUCACUUGCACUAUUUGUUCCGUAGCAUAGUUCCAAGUUUCCGCUGCGAAUCGCGCACACUUUGGACGAAUCGUCAUCGCAUCUUGGAUGUGCCGUAACCAGCUUUCCCCGUCAUGCCACGCCAUGCCACAUGUAAGUCCCUGUUCAUGCUAGACUAUGAAUGGCCAUGAUACUUCAUACAUAUAAACCUCGCCUGCCUUAAAAGCUCUGCUUCUUGUAAUCAAACAUACCCAACAAUCUAGCUUCACUUCCAUAAUCCCAUAAUCGCAUAGUCCCAUACUAUCUAGAAGAACAACAUUUAUCCUUUGUAUAUAACAAAGGUUCGAAUACUAGCUACUACUAUUUCUACUAACACUCCUCUUACAUCACCAACCCCAUAAACACGGUCCUAAUGGCGUACGGGUUUGUCCCCAUCGUCCACAUCGUGGCAGCCGUCUUCGCCAUCAUCGAACUUGGCUUAACAGCAUAUUUGGCCAGUCGGUACGAUAGCUGGUUUGGCUUUGGCGGCUACUCACCAUCGCGCGUCAAUUUCAUGAUAUUCAACUCGGUAUGGACGUUAUUAGUACUGAUCUACGUGGGCGUGACGCCGCUAUACCUGACGAGCGUUUUCCACCGGUUGGCAGCCCUCGCCCUUAAUGCCAUCACCACUAUCUUUUGGUUCGCCGGCUCAAUCGCACUCGCCGUCUUCGUCGGCGGGCCCUACAAAUGUGGAUCGGACUCGUUUUGUGGUUCCGCCGAGGCCGCCGUUGCUUUUGGCUUCUUCCUUUGGGCUCUCUUCACCUUUCUUACCGUCAUCGAUGCCAUCGACUCUCUACGGAGCCGUGGUCACAACGUCAGCAAGCCGCACGCGCAGCCUGGCGCAUAAUUACCCUGGCUACUACGAUUUUGAAUUCACUUUAUGGUUAGGUAUAUAUGAAUGGAUCUCGCUUUUCCAUCAGUAAUAUGACACUGUUUUACCCGCCUCGCGCAUCUGGAAUAAGGAUGUAAACUCGGGUAUUUGGGAGGCGUUUCGUUGGUGUGGGGAUUGUGUUAAGGAAACGAUUAUGAUAAUAUACCCUUUUUAAAUAUAACUACCACUAAUAAACACGGUUCUUACCAAACAUGGACUUCA